AUGGCCAUGACCAACCGGACUAAUCAUAUUAUGCAGGAAAAUGCAAAAAAGAAGCUCGGCGGAACAACAGAUUGUAUAGAAAAGUUACGGUUGCAGUGUCUUUCAAGAGGUGGAUCAGGAAUAAUGGGAUUAGCUCGGCAAUUUAAAAUAAUGGAUGACGAUGGCAAUAGGUCACUUGAUUUCAAGGAAUUUAUGAAAGGCUGCGGAGACUUUGGACUUCAGAUAAGCAAAGACGAAUGCCAAGAAAUUUUUAACGCCAUCGAUAAAGACCAAAGUAGAACUCUCGACUUUGACGAAUUCCUCCAGGCCCUCAGGCCUCCCCUAUCAAAUGCCAGAAUUAAUCUAAUAAACCAGGCUUUCAUAAAAAUGGAUAGAACAAAAGACGGCGUAAUAACGGCAGAAGAUCUUAAAGGAGUUUACAAUGUCUCCAAGCAUCCCAAAUAUUUAAAUGGCGAAUGGACAGAGGACCAAGUUUUCGCCGAAUAUCUAAAGACUUUCGAAGUUGGGGGAGAAGUUGAUGCAACAGUAAGUUCUCUAUGGCCGCAUAUCGCUCUGUCUUUUCAAAAAGGGUCAAUGCUCCGCCCACCCUUUUGGGAAAUGCUCUUCUUUACGUAUUUGGAUGCUAGAACUAACAAAAGGAUAUUAAUUUUUACAAAAACACAGGUUACAAAGGAAGAAUUCCUUAACUACUAUUCCGGCCUCAGUGCAUCCAUCGAUAGUGAUGUCUACUUUGAUUUGAUGAUGCGGAACGCUUUCAAGCUGUAG